GUCUUGUAUUGCUGCAUGAACCGCGAAUAUUUGUCCCCCGAAAAUUACCCACUAUAUAGAUGCGGUAUAUAGACCCACUAAACUGCAUGAGCUGAAAAGCAAAUCUGCAAUAAUUAUGACCACUGGUAAAGAGUCAAGUGCUCAAGAGCAGUUGGCCGUGAAUCUGUGGAAGGCUGUUAAAGAUGAUGAUUUUGGCGAAGUGAGGUCCCUGUUGGGACAAGGGGCCAACCCCAAUCACCAGCUGUAUUGGAGUGAGGAGUGGAUUAUUCAUAAACGCCCUCCAGUACAUACAGCGUGCAUGAAGGGCAACCUGGAGAUCACUAGAGCACUCGUUAGCGGUGGAGCUGAUGUUGAGAGAGCUGGAGGAGAUUAUGGCAUGAAGCCAUUUCACUGUGCGUGUGAGGGAGGAAACAAAGACAUUGUGUUGUACUUGUCACAAGAUAUUAAAUGUCGUAUUGAUGUAAGGGAUAAUGCCAACUGGACACCACUGCACUGGGCGUGUGCGUAUGCACACAAAGAAAUUAUGCAGUGGCUGGUGGAAGAGUGCAAGUUUGAUAUUGAUUUGACUCAGAGUAGUGGCGAGACUGCUCUUGACAUGGCAAUACAGAGAGGUUUCACUGAAGUUGUUGACUAUCUCAAGUCUGUACAAAAACCCUCCACUCCUAAACCAGUGAUCUCUGUCCCUCUCUCCGGUCAACAGAGACCCAGUGCCGGCCAAGAACAACCUGAAAUAACUGGCAAAAUUCAAAGCCAAAACUACUUGCAAAAACUGGAUGAGCUGAUGGCAGACAAAACGCACACAAUUGAGCUUCAGUACCUCAAGAUGCACUUCAUCGGUCCCUCGGGUCUUGGCAAAACGACCACUCGACAGCGGCUUGUUGGAUCGAUUACAAACCUAUCUUGUCUGCCCGAAGACCAAAGAAAACGUUGCAGUACAUUUCUUGCCGAGUGUGAACAAGUGUUGGCCUUCGUGGACAAAUCUGGAAAAAAGCUUGAAUUCAAAGCGUCUGCAAAUCUGGAGGAAGAAACACAAUUUAUCUUCUCAUACUUGAUGUCUUGUGAACCAAUUGACGACAACGAACCACAAGCUUCAAAGAAAACUAAGCAACAACCUCUUCAGACCGUCUCACCAAAAACUGGGCUGGAAAGAAAAAAAGUUACGAAUGUGUCUGUGACUACUGUCGACGUUCGAACGGUUGUCACAAGACUCCGUAGUAUUGUGGGUUCUGGAGAGUACAGCAAGGAGUUGCAAAACAAGGUCCUACUCAAUCUGAUUGACAUUGGAGGGCAGCCUGGAUUUGUGGAGAUGUUUCCAUUCCUAAGCAAAGGUGCAGGGAUUUUCUUGACAUUCUUUCGACUAGACAAAGACCUCGAUGACAUAUGUCAAGUGUCCUAUGAACGAGGAAAGGACAAAAUCACACCAUACGAUUCAACGUACACAAGCGGAGAAAUGCUCUCUCAAAUCCUCUCCGCUAUCAUGAUCAGCCACUAUACCAAGAUUGACUCGGAUAUUGACAGAGAGCUGUGCAGUAAGCUGGGAAAACUAGGCUCCGCUAAACCUAUUGCCACCCUCAUAGGCACCUUCAAGGAUGAACUGACAAUGCAAAUCAAGGUUGAUUGUCUAUACGAUAAAUUUUGUACCUCGGGAAAAGCUGUUUACAAGGGUGAUUGUGCUAUAAAUAGCCACAAAGAGAAUGAACAAAAGAAAGCUUUACAGAACAUUUUGACUCAAAAGAAGACUAAUGAACAGGCUGAAGUCAGUGCAGAAGACAUAAAUGCUAUUCAGCAAACAGUCAGCCAAUACAUCACCUCAGAUGCUUUCAAGAAAGACGUCGAAGACCGUUUGACGAAAAAGUUGGAAAAGAAAAACGAAGCCGUGAGCAUGAUUGCCAGCAAGUUCGAGGAUUUACUUUCUAAUCCAAAAGACAAGAAAUUUAUAGCAGUAGACAACUAUGAAGGCACUAAUUCUGAUAUGAACCCUCUUCGUGAACAUCUUCAUGGCAUAAUCAGUAGCUAUUUCAAAGAUGCCAAGCUUCGAAUUCGCCCACAACAGCUUUUGUUUGGAGUUGUGCUAAGAAAAGAGUAUGACAUUGUCUCUAUGGAAGACUGCAUUUGUAUCGGUACAGAGGGGUUAAAGAUGAGCGAGGAGGAAGUUCGAUUCACCGUUUGGUACCUGGAUCGGUACGUUGGAGCUUUGAUCUAUCAUCCAGAAAUUAAGGAUAAAGAUGGUUGGUUUGGGAAGUUUAUCAUUUGUAACCCCCAGGUGGUAUUCAACAGCCUCAGUGAUCUCGUUGUCAAGCCGCUGCUAGAGCUCCAUUCUGGUGAGGGCAAUAUUCAGUUUAAGGAAACUGAGAAAAGAAAUUGGACACUCAAGGGACAAUUCUCUCUGGAAACAAUCACUCGAUGCCAUUCGGAGGCCAACAAGGAUGUGAAGAAAGGCCAGUUGAUUCCUGUUGAGAAGCUACUCAUACUACUUGAGCAUUCCCACCUUUUGGCUACAAUCACAACAGUGGAGAAAAUAAUCUAUACCACAGAAAAGGUCGGAACAAUGUAUUUCAUCCCGGCUAUUCUCAAGUGUGAAUCUCGCAAGGAAGUAAUGAAGCCAUCUCCCCCCACAGGAAUUGACACACCCUAUCCAAUCAAGAUCACCUUCGACCCCCAAUACGUUCCCAUUGGAAUAUUCUGUGCCAUGAUCUGUGAAUUGGUCUCAAGGGGAAAAAAAGACAUUCUGGGCAUGACGUGGAAACUUGCUGCUGAUUCUUCAGUAAAAAGAAACUUUGUCUCCUUUCAAAUUGAUGAAUCUGCCAAGCAUUUCGUUACCCUGAUUGCUCAUGUCGAUUGCUAUGAAAUACGGAUUAUUCGACAAGACAGGGAUCAUACGAUGCACGAGCUCUGUUCCUAUGUCCUCUCAACUGUUCUCUCUGUUUUGAAGGAAAUCAGUCCUCUUCUCUUUCCAAUCAUCGCUUUCGAUUGCUACUGCGGUGAACACGAAGAUGGUUCCAAACUCUGCCUCCUCACAUCAGGAGCAGAUCCCUGCUUUAAAUGCACCCGUAAAAUCUGUCUGAGCCCUCACCAAGAAUGCUGGUUUGCAAAAGAAGUCAGCAUGGGAGGUGAUAUGUUCCUCCUUGCCCUGCCCUUUGCCUCUGACCGAGACUUGACAGACAAGAACCUCUCCUUCAGAUGGAGCAAAAGAAGACCAAAAAUUAGUGGGAGUGAAAAUGAAUUGGAAUUCAAGUCCUUGUUAACGGGUCACUUCAAGGGAUUUAUCAGUUGCGAGAUCUUCAUGAACCAGAAGCCUUUCUUUACCGUGUACCACUGUCUGAAAGAAAGUGUUGGUGAUGCAGCGACUCAACAAGCUAAUGAUGGAGUUCCACACACAACCACUGGGUCAGUUCAACAACAUGAGUUGCCCACAACUGCAACUGCAGUUCAGUUGAGUCAAGAGUGCUCAAAUGAAGCUCUUCUUCAGUUGUCUACUGAGAUUGCUGGAUACCAUAAAUACAAGCACAGGCUAGGCCUGAGUUCUGCUGACAUAGAUGAAAUUGAUAACGAUCCAAGAAACUUCUACAGUGUCCAAGGCAAAUUUUACACUGCUCUACUGAAAUGGAAGAGUAUAAGUAUUGAUUUCGACAAUCCAUCAAAUUCAACCGCUACUUACGGUCGAUUAGUGGAAAUUGCUGCAACAUUUAAGGACGGAGAGGCAAUUCGUGGCAUUCACAAGGCUUCUGUCAAGCAUGCAAAUGUCAUGGAUCAGUCAAGACAAAGAUCACCAUGCACUACCAACUCUUAGAACCAUGGAUACUUUUUUUAUUUUUUUGUUAACUGUUGUGUGCAAUUAUAUUAAUAUAUGAGUGUGUACAUGAUAAUCAAAAUAAUGAUAAUUAUGUCUG